CACUCACACACACACACACACACACACGCACGCACGCACACAGACAGCAGCCGCUACAGGGAAGAUGGAGGAUGGUGUGGCAGCGGCGGAGCGGACCUCCAGCCUGCAGCAACAUCGCUGCUGAAAGCAGUGUGUACUUCAUGAAAAAAAAAAAACUACUGCUGUCAGCGGACACCUAAUAACAUAAGACUCUUCCCAGCAGCCUUUGCCCUCACCUCACAGAGGAGGAGCCUGCUGAUGACGGACUACUAAAACUCUCUCUGACACAGUUCAAACAACCAGAAUCAGACAGCCAUGAACCCCCAAGAGACAGAGCUUGGCCAGGAGGUUAUGGAGGAGACUGAUGCCCCUCCUCGACAUCGCCACAACAACCACAACAGCCGCUCCCGUAACCACAGCAACCAGGAAAAGCGCUAUAGACGCUGUGAAGCCCCUGCUGGAGGAAGUUCUGGGAGCAGAGCCAGGGUGCCACAGCCACGCCGGCCACAGGAGGAGCAAGACAUGGAGCUGCAGCAUGGAGCUCAGUCUUCACAGCCCCAGCAGCCCCAGCAGCCCCAGCCCAUUCCCCGACCCGCAGUCACACGUUACCGCCGACAGGGGGACAGCGAGGCCCGGAUCAGAGCCCAGCAGCAGAGGCACAGACAGAGGCAGCAGAGAGAGGCAGAGAGAGCGCAACAUUUAGCACAACAACAGGAGAAACAGCAACACGCAGAGAUGACCCAAGAAGAUGAAAGAGAGAGGGACGAUUCAGUGCUCGCCCGUUCAGCGAGCACCGAAAGCGGCUUCCACACCCAUACUGACCGGGCUGAGGGGGACGAUGGUCUGGUGAUGAUGUCUCUGGAGCCUGAGGGGCAACCAGAAGCAGAGGACGAGGCUGGGAACUACGGAGUCCAGCUACGGCCGGAGGCGGAGGGGUACACUGAGAGUGCGGAGGCUGAACAACAACAUCUCCAUUCACAGCCUACCUAUCCUCCUCAGCCCCCGCCACUGCCACGUGAACCUCUGCCUGAUAUCCAGAAUCCACAGAGACAAGAUGAAGCAGAGGAGAUGCUGAAUGCUGGCUACUCAAACUAUGUCUACACCCAGCCCCUCAGCCACUCUGGAGGAAGGGCCAACAUCUCGACUGGUCAGAGCUUAGAUAGUUUAGAUGCUAUCCUUGCGGAUGAAGCCUACUCUGAGCCAUAUGACAUUUACUCACUCUCAGAGCAUGUUUACGAGGAAAUCUGCGAUGCUCCUGCAGCAGUUUCAUCUCCUGCAGAUGGGGCUGAGGACAGAGAGUCUCUUCAACAGAGGAGGGCCGGCUUUCAGCUGUUGGAGGGCCCGGCAGGAGGUGGGGAUUACCAUCAGCAGGAGGCGGUGGGAUCCCGUCUGCGCCACUACGACGAACGUUCAGAUGGCGAGUCAGACAGCCCAGAGAAGGAGGCAGAGUUUGCCCCAUACCCACGUGCCGACAGCUGUGACCAGGAGGAGGACAUUGACAGCAUCGUGGCUGAGGUCAAAGAAAGCCUAAGCUCUCAGAGUCUUCAUCGUGCUGCGGAAGACACCAUUGAUGAAGAAAAUGAGCUCCAGCAGGGAGAAGAAAUACCCCAGCCUGAGUCCCAAAUGGACUCUGAGAAGAACCACAAAGCUGCCAAUCCAGGGAAGCCAGCCAGGAAACAGGCUGUGAGUCCUUCAGAGGAGCUUGUAGCAGUGAGAAACAGUCAGGAGAAGAGGGAUGCCAUAUCCCUGGCCAUCAAGGACAUUAAGGAGGCCAUAGAGGAGGUGAAGACCAGAACAGUGAGAUCUCCAUACACACCUGAUGAGCCCAAGGAGCCCAUCUGGGUAAUGAGGCAGGACCUGAGCCCCACUGUUGAGUGUGACCUACAGCCAUCACUGGGGGCUGAUUCACCUGGCUCAGGCUCGCCCUCUCCUCCAGGAGCAGAGUCAUCCAGCAGACAUCUGCUGCAGGAAGACAGCUUUGAAUCUUCUCCCUCUAGUAAAGAGUCUAGGAGAAGCCUUGCGUCUUUCCCCACAUAUGUAGAAGUCCCAGGCCCAUGUGACCCAGAGGACCUGAUAGACGGGAUCAUCUUUGCAGCCAACUACCUGGGCUCCACCCAGCUGCUGUCGGAUAAGACUCCAUCCAAGAACAUCCGCAUGAUGCAGGCACAGGAGGCUGUCAGCCGCAUCAAGACGGCCCAGAAAUUAGCCCAGAACAGGAAGAAGGCCCCUGAGGGUGAGCCUCAGCCCAUGACAGAGGUGGAUCUCUUCAUCUCCACCCAGAGAAUCAAAGUGCUCAAUGCUGACUCCCAGGAAACCAUGAUGGACCACCCACUGCGGACCAUCUCCUACAUUGCUGACAUUGGCAAUAUUGUGGUUCUGAUGGCCCGGCGCAGGAUGCCUCGACCCGACUCUCAGGAGAAUGUGGAGGCAUCAGACCCAGGUCAAGACAGCAAGCGCCAAUACAAGAUGAUAUGCCACGUGUUUGAGUCUGAGGAUGCCCAGUUGAUUGCUCAGUCCAUCGGCCAGGCCUUCAGUGUGGCUUACCAGGAAUUCUUACGGGCCAAUGGCAUUAACCCUGAGGACCUGAGCCAGAAGGAGUACAGUGACCUGCUCAACACUCAGGACAUGUAUAAUGAUGACCUCAUCCACUUCUCCAAGUCUGAGAACUGCAAAGACGUGUUCAUUGAGAAAGCAAAGGGGGAAAUUCUGGGUGUGGUCAUUGUGGAGAGUGGGUGGGGCUCCAUCCUGCCCACUGUCAUCAUUGCCAACAUGAUGCAUGCUGGGCCGGCUGAGAGGUCUGGCAGACUGAACAUAGGAGACCAGAUCAUGUCCAUUAAUGGGACCAGUCUGGUGGGACUGCCACUGUCCACCUGCCAGAGCAUCAUCAAGGGUCUGAAGAACCAGUCUGGGAUCAAGUUGAACAUUGUCAGAUGUCCCCCAGUGACCACUGUACUCAUCAGACGGCCAGACCUCCGCUACCAGCUGGGCUUCAGCGUCCAGAAUGGCAUUAUCUGUAGCCUUAUGCGUGGGGGCAUCGCUGAAAGGGGCGGGGUCAGAGUGGGUCACCGCAUAAUCGAAAUCAACAGUCAGAGCGUGGUGGCCACACCCCAUGAAAAAAUUGUCCACAUCCUGUCCAACGCUGUGGGAGAGAUCCACAUGAAGACGAUGCCUGCAGCCAUGUACCGCCUGCUGACUGCCCAGGAGCAGCCUGUUUACAUUUAACAAGACAAAGCCCUGACCUCACACACCCUUUAAACGUCCUGCAAUCACUUGUCACUUCCCAAGCCGACCCCCUCUGCCCAGCCCAGUGCUCAUCCUGUCCCCUUCUGUUCACUGUUGAUGGACGAGAGUGCGAUGUUAGUAGGAUUGUUCUGUUGCUCAGCCUUCAAGAGACAACAACGUAGAAAGCCAUCUGUAGUCUUUAAAAGAUUUGUUUUCUUACUUAGGCUAAAUGUGCAAUUGGUGAAAGGAUAUUUACACCUGAAGCAUUUUCAGCGCCUUGUUGUGCCCCAGAAUCCUAAAAUCUUCUUCCUGGUUCACUGUUGAUGUUCUGAAACUCAACACAAUUCACACUUUAUAACUUGGGAGCAGAUAACAAUUCCUCUGUGUAUCUUUAAUGUUCACUUUAGGCAACUAAGACAGUUUGGUGACAGUUUUGCUCAUUGUUAAAUAUAAAAAUGAAAACUUAUCACCCAGUAGAAACCUUAUUUUUAACGAGCGGUAACUGAACCCUGAUUGUAGACUUUAAGGCAAUCUGCACAUCCAACCCUAACCUUUACACAGUGACUGUACCUCCUGCCAUGCUGCUAUUUCACUGGCAGAACACUGCUUGUGUCUUGUUAUAGUUCCUCCACCUUCAGUGAUAUAUCAUUUAUUUCUGUUUUUUGGGCGUUUUACACUCAUGUUGUAGCUACAUUUCGUAGGACCAGGCCUACUUUCGCUUUCCCUCCUGUAAUCCACUCCAAAUACUGUACGUUGGUGUUCUUUGCACAACACAGAGCUCCCCACAGAGGGAGAACGUGAAUCUUGCUGACAAAUGAGUGUGCAAACACACACUCCCCCUCGUCACAUUCCACGUUUGCUGCAUUGUAGAAGAGUUGACGCUGCAGCUCCAUUUUGCACUCCUCAUUUCCAACAGGAAAGCUUUCCAAUUCAGCUGUAGUCAGUUGUUAUAGUAGUUGUAUUUCCAUCCCAUUUGUUUCAUAUGUGUAUCCUGUGUACAUGGCACCAGCAGUAGCUCCAGGCAGCAUGUAAUAACAGCCAUUAAACUAAUCCCUCUCGUACACCACAGACAGUUGUUCAUGAAGCUGACUCACAGGGAAAUCUGUUACACCACAGAGCAUGUUUGACAUAAUUUUAGAAUUUACAUUUACCAACAAACACCACCUGAACCCAGACGCAUCCUUUAAUAAACCAUUAAAGUUACAGUGAAAUGAAUCUGUUAAUAUAUUUUCAGUGAUCACCAAAGACAUCCCAUCACCCUUUUACAUGUAGCAUCCUUUAAUAACCAAAUUUGUGAGUGAGUGACAAUUGUUGAAUUUUAUUAUGAGUUUAAUGUGACAUUUUUGGAAUUUUUAAUGUCCUUAUAAAUGUGAUGAAUGAUAAUAAUUAAUUUAAGAAAAAAUGGGAAGUUGGGAAUUUUACAUAAAUUGGAAAUACAUGAUCAGGAUUAUUAGAUUAUUUAGAGUUAUGAAGGUGAAAGCUAUAACCCAGCAGGCUACGGUGAAGUUUAGUUUUAACCCAACUGAAAUACAACAUGUGUUGUAUUCUGAGGUUACUGAAGUGUAGUCAGUCAGAGGGAAUACAUGUUGCUGACUGGGUGUAUUCCACUCUAACGCCACUCUGUCUUCAAAUCAUGUCCACCAAACAUUCGCUUUUCUGUUCCUGCAAUGCAAACUGUUCAACUCUCAUCAAAAGUGCAAUGGCUUUUUGUGUUUAUUUUGUCAACAACUUGAAACAUGAUUCUUUUAGUUUUUUCUUAUUUUAUUAUUUCAGGGUAAUUUGAUAUUUUUAUUGUGUGUUUAUACACAAAAUAUCACUGUACAGUAGCUUGUUUUCAAACUUGAAUGGUGCUUAUAAGAGAUUGGUCCAGGGAUGACGUGUAUUUGUAAGCCAACGCAGAAGUAAGCAUCACCUUGUUUCCUUGACUAAAAGCUCAUGGGUUUCUUUUCAGUUGGAUUGAAAUGCAGAAAAAAGGUCUUUCACAAGCAAAAGUUUGAUACUUGCACGUUUUGUUCAGCAAUAUAAUCUUUACAAAUGAACACUACUUUUAUGAUUUUUGAAGCAUAAAUGCAUUCCCUAGGAGUAAAAAGCCAACGUCAGGCUACAAACAAACUACAUCCCGUCACAUGACUUAAUAUCGCCACCACAACAUGGCUGAAAAAACGUAUUUGCCGUGAUGGUGUUCUGUAGUCUCAUUUAGCCAGUUGUUAACAGCCACUUUACUAGGGAUGCACAAUAUUGGAUUUCUUACCAAUAUCCGAUAUGCCAAUAUAAAACAAUUUAAUUGGCCAAUAAUUGAUACAGAUAUCGAUAAAUUCCCUUUUCCCCACCUAAUUUUAGUGAUCAUCAAGUCUCUUCUGUAGCGGAUUUAACAUAAUAUUAUGCAUGCAUGCUCUUAUCGUGAUGGUCCACCAGCAGAUAGAGACAAUGGCAUAAGGAAGUCAUUGCGGGCCCCAGAGCAUGUUACUUUGACUUUUGAUUUUGUGUCUCAACUAGCUACCAUAUAUCGUAGCAUCUCAUCACAUCAAAUAAAGACUUAACAUUGGACAGCAACAACAUAUGUUUCACCCAUUAGUCAUCUUUGCAUCAUCUGUAUAUGACAAAAAUACCAAAGAAAUGAUUUAUUUAAUUGAAUAGUGUUUUUUUGUAGUUUAUGUAUAGCUUUUAUAGUUUGUGUAGAAUUAGCAUAUAAUUUUGCUAUAGACUGCCACUGAUUUGGCCGUCUUGGCCUUUUUGUGGGCAUAAAUGGCAAAUAGCACUAUUUUUAGUUUAACAGAACUUUACAGUUGUAUUUUUGAAGGUGCAGUCUGAAUCACUCUCUAUGGGUGCCCCCCACCCCACGGGCCCCGGUGCAACCGCAACCGCACUGCUCACUCUCUAUAUUUAUGCCCAUGGAUGGAGACAUGAAAUACAAUUCUUUUCAAGUAUGUAAUAUUCAUUGUGCAAAGUAAGAAAAAGCAUGUUGGCCGAUUCUAAUAGUCCAUUUUAAAGCCGAUAUUGGCCAAUACCAGUGACGUACCGAAUUAUCAGCAUGUUGGCAGAUUCCAACAGUUUAUUUUAAAGACCUUAUCAGUCCAAUAUGAUGACGUGCAGAUAUACGAUGAAUUUUAUGUGGUAGAACAAAAUGUGAAGGUCUCUUCAGCUUGUGUUAACCACAAACCUUAUUUCAGGCAUCUGGCCAAAAAUCCAUCUAAAAAAUCUGUUUCAAGACAAGGGAGCUGGGAGUGCUAAGAUGCUAACUUAAUUCCAGGUUUUUGGGCUCAUUCCUGCACCACCCUAUAAGACUGGAUAUACAAUGAUAAUGUGACUGUACCCUUAAAUGACUGUACUGGUAUUUCAUUUUUUUUCCCUUUUACUAUUAAGUACUUCAGUGGUUUGCAUUUCUGCAGGCAACUUUCAUCUUCUAAAAAAUCAGCUCGCAAAAACUUGAAACUUGGGUUGGAAAAUCAUUCCCAGUGAGCACUGUUGUUGUCAAGGUUUCCAGUCUCUACAAGCUGAUUGGGAAAUCAGUGGCUGGCUCUAAAAACUAAAAACGGUUUUGCUGUGGAAAAUGGGCAACAGGCAUGUUAGAGAGCAAUGGGCUAAAACAUGGAAACACUGGCAUGAACUUUUCAAAAUGCUGGAUAUUUUUAUUAUCUGCUGGUUUGAAUUGAAGGUAUUUUAAACAGUUAAAGUGCUGGGAUCACAUGAGACAAACAUGAACUCAGAAACAGUAAAGUUUUUUCCUGCUUUGAUAUAAAACAUGUUAAAGCUGUUAAAGUGAAUGUUUUAAUGUGUACUUUUGACGAUGUAUGCUACAGCUAAGACAGAUGUAAGCACAUUUUAAACUGAUUUACUUUUAAUUGAAGUUGUCUACAUAGUUAUUCAUUUACCACUAGGUCAGUUGUGUAUACUGAGUAAGAUGCCACACUUACAAAUAGAAGGUUUAAAAAAAAAAAAAAAAAGGAAAAAAACCCAUUAAAUUUAACGUUGUUAAAUGUUGCCUUUCAAUCAACAAGCUGAUUGCCAUUGACUUCAUGUUCAUGUGGACCAGGUUCUGUAUCUGUAUUAUAAUCACAGUAUAUUUAGGAUCUAAGGAUUACAUGUCUGAUCUGAAGAUUUUAGAUGAUUUUUUUUUUUUUUUAAGUUUAAUAUUGAAAUAAGUGGCUCAUGUGUUACUGCAGUCACGUAAAACUGUCUCCAAGCCCUUGCUCUCUUUGUAAAACAUAAGAGAGCUGAUUGGUUCAAUUCAAUAAGGACAUAACUUGUAAGAUAUAAGAAAAUAUCCGUUAAUUUCAUGUUUACUAAAGUAAGUGCAAAAAUAGAUUUGUGAAGCAAUUUUCUUUAUUUGUAAGAUGCAAAACAAACACAAAUCAUGUUUAAUUGAAGAAUCCUGUUUAAUUGAAAGUUCAAAUGGCUGGUGUAAAGUUUAAUUGUGAAACAGUGGAUACAUUUUUGAGCAUAACAGCCCCCACAAAAUGAAUCAUUGUACUAUUGGGAUUUGAUCCAUUCAGUCCCAUAACAUUUCAAAAGCCUAGAGGAGCAGCAUUUUAUCCCCAUUCAAAGUACUGCACUUGCUCCAUGGGCCCCAUGAUGUGUAAGAGCUGGGUAUUUUUAUACCUGGAAAGUCAAACUUUUUUUGGCUUCAUGCACCACUGAGCAGCUGUCAAAGGAAUGAACAGGGCGCCCAGCCAACACUGUAUCCAGUUCUCUUUAUACAGCUAUGAUCCACAAUGGCCCUAGACAGGGCCACUCAAAUUUUCGCAUCAGCCACUGUAGCUUUCCCGCACACUUGGCACACUGCAGAAGUUUCAGUUGGUUGCAGUCUGCAACCUCACCACUAGAUGGCAUGAAAUCCUACACACUAGCCAAUUUAGCUACUGUCAGUGUAAAAAAAAAAACUUAAGCAAGCUUAUUGGUUGAAUUCAAUAAGGACAUAGCUUGUAACAUGUAGAAAAUAUCAGAAAGUUUCAUGUUGACUUAAGUAAGUGCAAAAAAAGAUUUGUGAAGCAUUUAUUUUAUUUGUAAGAUGCAAAACAAAUGUGAAUCCUGUUUACUGUAAUUUAAGGCUCAAAUUGAUAAUUUCAAGUUUUUUUGCUAAACAGAACUAAUCCCAUGUAUUGUAAAUGUACACUGUCUUUUAAAAAUGUAGCACAUCAACAGAACUGUUUUUAUGUGUUUUGGACCAGUCAUCACCUACACCACAGAAAAACGUCAGUUAUUUCCCUCUCCUGUCUCCAGUUUUAAAUGGAUGAAGCAGUCACAGAUGGUGGAUGCACAUCACGUCUUAGUGAACUAGAUCAGUAUGAAUAGGAAUGGACUUUACACUUGACUUAAAGUGUGCACAUCUGUAAUGCUUUCUAGUUUUCCUUGCAGUACAACAGUCAAGUUGACAGGGAUUGUAUUGUAGUUGUGAUCAAGGUUAAAAGUGACAACUCUUUAGAAUUAAGAACUUUUUAAAGGCCUCUAAAUUUGGACUUUGUUUCAAUGUUGUUGUUUUUUAUUAUUAUUAUUAAUAUGAGGAGACUGUCUCUUCCAAUGUACUACAACAUUUGAACCCAACACCACCUCCUCUGCAUCUCUGAGAAUGUACCUGGCAACAACCCAACUUUCUUGACUCAACAAGCUUUUAGUUCCCUGUUGGACAUUGCCAACAGGACUUUUGUUCUCUUUUUUUUUUUACAUUUCUCUGAGUUUAAGGCUAAAACAUGUAUCCCACUGUAUACCCAAACUUCAAAACCCACUGCUUAGUCCAUCUGUCUGACCUCAUCGAUGAAGCUCAUCUUGGCCUUACUACCACUACUGGACUUUUUAUGAUGUAAAAACUGAUACUGAAGAGGAAUAGCGGCAACGGCAGCCAUUUUUGGACUUUUACCAUGGGCUUCUCUGAGGCCUCGUGAUUAUGCUGUACUGUUCUUACUUCUAGUGUGUGUGUGGUGUGUGAUUACAACCAAUGUACUCCAUGUUCAAACAAAAACCAGCUGGAUAUAUAAAGUACACAUAUAGAUGAAAUAUAUAGAAAACUAUGUAAAGGUAUAUACUUCUGUGUGUUUGGGUUGGCCUAUAGGAAAACUUCAGUCAAUAGAAAGCGAUGUUUUCAUUUGAAUGGAAUGUAGGAAACUGAUUGUGUGAAAUGACACUCAUGUACAGCUAGAGCACAAUAUAAUUUAAGGUGUGUGUGAUAUUUUCCCUCUAUGGUCUGUCAGGGAUUGUAGGCUAGCGUGACACAAUGAAGCUAACCACAGAACAAGCACUUGAAGCUGGUGGCAGGCAGCAGGAUUGGCUAACGAGUAUUUAUAAGUGCACUCAUUUUGAAUGUAACUGAAACGUUAACUCUCAAUGUGUCUACAGAUUUAAAAAAAAAAAGCAAACAAGAAAAAUACCAUUUCUGUAAAGCAGCAGCAAUGUUUAUUUAUUUGCUAGCUUUUUUUCUGUGAUGUUCUAGCUAUUGGAGCUACAUUCCUGUACCAGAGCCAGAAUGUUUGUAACAGUAUUUACAACAAUAAAUGACUUGCAGAAGGA